AACAGUUUCUUGUUGAAGCAGCAGCUGUUGAGAGAAACAGGCGCUGCAGUGAAUGUUUCUUUUGGGGUCUCAGAUUUUAAACUGAUAUCACAGUGGCCCAGGCACUGUGCUGGUCCUAUUUUUUCAGAGCUCCCUACCCCAAGCCCUUCCCCACAUUAUCCUCUUCCAUAGUGGUAACUGUGGUUGCUGCUUAUUCUAGUGUUUUGUCCCACCAGAAGGCAGAUACAACGCUCAACCAUGUCCAACACUACCGCAGGCAACCUGAUCAACAAGGGCAGGAAACAGAGCAUCAUCAUCAAUAAGUAAGUACCAAAGGGUUACCACGUCAAGUAGCAAUGUCUAGGGAGAAAAUGGGUUUGGGUUCACAGGAAAAGUACCAAUAAAUGUUAGUCAUUUUGUGAUGACAUAACAGCUAAGCCUUUCUGAUCCUUCCCACAUAACUAGGCAGUGUUAGAAACUGGGAUAGAAAAGCUAGGAGCCAAAUAGCGUCUGGGACCUGGGUUGUGGGCACCAAAACAGAAUGUCUGGUUGCCAGUGGGGGGGGGGGAGCAACAUUUUUUACUUAUUUUGAUAAGAGCAUGAACUCAUAUGCAAUUCACAUAAGUGACACAUGGUUAAUAUCAUAUUUUUAGCAGAAAUUCUGAAUACAUGUUUAAUUUGGUGUUUACAAUAAAAAUAUUGGUACCAUACUUCGGUUUUCGAAACACUCUAAUCUUUAUGAUCAAACUCCUUGAGUGUCAGCCAGGUGCACAAAAAGGCACCCAGACUUUUUGAGGUGUUCGCAAAUGGAGACUUUUUAGGUGCAAAAUACGACUGGCGCCCUGCUAAUUUCGAACCCUGUACCUAGGGUAUUUAUGCAGCACAAAAAAAGAGGAAAUGUAGCAUAUAUAAAGGUAAAGGGACCCCUGACCAUUAGGUCCAGUCGUGGCCAACUCUGGGGUUGUGGCGCUCAUUUCGCUUUAUUGACCGAGGGAGCCGGCAUACAGCUUCCGGGUCAUGUGGCCAGCAUGACCAAGCCGCUUCUGGCAAACCAGAGCAGCACACGGAAACGCCAUUUACCUUCCCGCCGGAGCAGUACCUAUUUAUCUACUUGCACUGUGAUGUGCUUUCGAGCUGCUAGAUUGGCAGGAGUAGCAUAUAUACAGACACACAUAUAAAAUUAUUCAUUCAUAAUGGACAAAGGAGGACAUGGAUUUUAUUGAAAUUUGUUUAUGUUGAUUUAUAUGCGUAGAUGUAAGCUUAGAAAUAACUGCUACAAUUUAAAUGAAAAUGUUCCCAUGGUGGGGAAGAUAGUGACCCAUGCGCCUGCACUGAUGCUGGAAAACCUUGAGGUCCUUCCUGUUCUCCCUUCCUACGUUUCUUUAUCUUUGAACCAGCCUUGAACUGGACAGCCUUUUGAAGAGAGGACUGUCCUCUAUAAAGCAGGACCCCAUUGCCACCGUACACAUACUUCUUUAGCCCUCUCAACAGGAAGCUGGGAUGAGGGAGGGAUCUCUGAAUUUCAGUUUUACCCCAUGUGCAUUGAUUCCAUUUGUCACCUUGUAAGAGGAUGAAUGCAUCUGGGCACUUGCAGGUUCCUCAAGAGAACUGGGCCAAGGCAACUAGUAUAUCCUAUAUGAUAAUCGUAUAUGCUAGGAACCACAAGCAUCCUUCUGUCACACAACUAGAGAAGUCACCAACUACUUCUUUAGCUUUACCCCAUACCUUGAAACAAAUAAGGUAAAAGGUUGGCUGCAACCCUGUACUUACAUACCUUGGAGUAACUGCUGCCAUCAGACUCAGUGGGGGUUACUAAUGAUGUAUAGGAAAACUGUGUAAUGGUCAUAUAACUACACUGAUUUUCAUACUACAGUACUUAUUAUAGAAAAACAUAACUCUUGGCAAAAGCCUUGAUCAUUCCUCCUUUUUCAUUAGACCGAAUUUCCCAAGCCCCAAGUCAAAAUACUCUAUUGUUGUCAUACAGGCCUUAAUACCUGCUUCCUAGCUCAAACCAGUAUCCUUUUAUGGGAUGUAUAGAUGGCCCAAAGUUAUUUUUUUCCACCUCCACAUAAUAUCGAUACUAUCAUUAUACGUACCAACCUUACUGAAAUGUUAUCCUGGUUCAGUUGUAAUGCAAAACUAUAGUUUAGCGUUACAUGCAUGUACCUUAGGCUUGUGCACCCACUCCCUCUUCUUGUGUGGCCACAAGGAGGACACUGGAAUAUUUCACUUUGGUUUUCAAUUAUCUGCAAUUUAGCCUUUCAUCUGAUCCCUCAACUGUCAUUACUCUUAUGUAUGUUUUACUGAAACAAGCUGAUUAGGUAAAUCACCAUGAAGACUAACCACAGUUUGUCCAGGUUUGGACAUAACACUUAACUGUGGUUAGUCAAAAACAGAAGCAAAAGUUUCCAAGCUUUCCUAUGAUUUCAGCAGACCCAGUAACAUCUUGGGUCACGCUGGAGGCAUGAGAUUCCCCUUCUCUCCUCCUAACUGUGAUCCCCUUCUUGCUCCAAAUUAGGUCAAUAUGGAAGUCCUUAUCCAACCCUUUCAUAUGUUGUACUAUAGAGGUGUGGAACAGAUGGUAUAAGAAACUAGCCUCCACACCAGGGGUCAGCAACCUUUUCCAGCUGUGGGCUGGUACACCAUCCCUCAGACCAUGUGGUGGGCCGGACUAUAUUUUUUUGGGGGGGAACAAAUUCCUAUGCCCCACAAAUAACCCAGAGAUGCAUCUUGAAUAAAAGCACAUAUUCUACUCAUGUAAAAACACCAGGCAGGCCCCACAAAUAACCCAGAGAUGCAUUUUAAAUAAAAGGACACAUUCUACUCAUGUAAAAACACACUGAUUCCCGGACCGUUCACGGGCCGGAUUGAGAAGGCGAUUGGGCCACAUCCGGGCCACGGGCCUUAGGUUGCCUACCCCAUCUCCACACCCUCACCGUUAAUCCAGCUUAAUAUACCACAAUAUCAAGAUCAAGAAGAAUUAACAAUAUCUACUAUUCUAUGCGAAGCAGGGCUACAAUGCUGGUGAGACCAUUAUGAAAACAACGUAAUACUUACAGAAUCACUUUUGGAACACUUGAUUCAGGAACUAAUUGACUACUUAGCCACCAAAUUAGCAUGAUCUCGAAGGAUCCUAUGGUGAACAGUGUACCCACGAGAGCGCUGAAACCUUGUGAAUAUCUAGCUGUAGCAAGUGCCCAGAAAGGCAGGGUCUCUGUGGUAUACUACUGUAUUCCCUACGGAUACAAUCUCAGUUCUCUCCACUGAGUAUCUGCCUGUUUGUUGAUUGUAUAACUGGAGUACUCAUAUCAGCACCCACAACCACCUCAAUCUUGGGUCUUUUAAAAACACUGUAUCACUUUUGAGGGUGGAUUCACAAGUUAUGAUAGUAUUGUGAUAGUUAAAGGCUUGAUCAGUUAGGCAGUCCUUCUGCAAGGAUAUCCAUGGAAGGUGAUAAACUCACACUUAAACUGAGUGUAUAAGACGACACAAUCCCUGAGAUUGAAUCUCUUAAUAUUCUGUGGCAAUUACUGAAAAGGAUGAGAGCAUUUACUGCAAAAUGUUUUGUGAAUUGUGAAAUAAAAUAAAAUCUGCUAACAAAAACUGACAGAAUGGUUCCAUUUUGAAGCUACUGUUCUGGCACAUAAUCUCACUUCUUUUUUUAUUAAAGCAGGACCUCAAAAGAGCAGAGCACAGUGAAGAAGUUAGCAUCGUCUUCAGCUUCUGGUAGGAAAAUGAGCUUCACCAGCACGAUGCUUGCUAGCAGAGUUGGAUCACUGGCUCGCAGGAGCAUACUGAUUUCUUCAGAGGGAAAGUCUUUCGAAAGGGGCUCCAUAGCAAGUUGCAAACCUCCUAUCCAGGUAAUGGCAUAACAUAAAAAAGUAACACAGCUACAUUUGAUAAAUAAAUGGGUAUGCUGGCGAUGCCAGGCGUUUGCUGCACAACCUUUGUGUGUUAAGAUCAAUCUUAUAACGAAAGCUAGCUAUUUUCUGAGUAGAGACUUGUGGAAAAAUGUGAAUGAUACUGUUGAUACUGUUUCCAGUAAUAAACCAUCAAGCAAAGUGUUUUGCUAUAUAAUGUAAGAGUAAUUAUGUCUACAUAUUGUGCUUUGCAGUUGAUCAUAUGGACCAUGGGUUGUAACCAGCUACCCAAGAGAGUAGGCUUACUGAAAUCAAUGGACAUGACUUAUCUCCAUUUAGUUCAAUGGCUCUACUCUUGAGUAUGACUUAUUUCAAGACAACCCUAUGUUUCCAGGCCACUGACCUGUUGUUUGAGUACUGGUCUGCUAUCCGAGUACUCAGUCUCCCAUAUGCAAGUGAAGAAUGUUUCUUCUCCAUGACGCAUCAUGACUCUGAGCUAAAGAGCUCAUUACACAUAUCAGUUGAGUACAUACAUGCGUUUGCAUGAAAGUGUGAUGGCAUGAGGACUCUUCACAGGCCCACAAACUCAGUCCAUUAUCAAAUAAUAUGCAGUCAAUCCUAUUCAAGUUUCUUUUUUGCCCCCCCCCCAUAAAAAAUUGCCAAUAGCCUGGAAAUACUACUUGCUAAAAUACCACUACAAUUCAAAUUACAAGAAAGCAACAAUAUACUCUAUCGAUAAAAUCAGGUUUUAAAUUUCCAUAUUAAAAAACAACACCACCCCCUUCUGACCAUAUGCAAAGAUCCGGUGGAAUGAAAAUGCCUUAAUCCACUUUAUGAAAAUCAUCAAGGAGAGUUUGCUGCAGACAUCUAGAAGUUGGUUACAGGAAAAGAGUGUCAGAGGCUCCUGAAUACCUGAAUGUCAUAUUACAUUCCACCAGACUUAGUCUCAUACAAAUGUGAAUAGGAGGGAGCUUUAGGCUGCAAUACCAGAGCCAUUUACCUCUGUGACAGUUAAUUCUGAACAGAAAAGGAUAAGAUGAGAUGUUAGGCUGCAGUUUUGUGCACUUACCUGGGAGAAAAUCCAGCUGAGCUCAAUGCAACUUUCUUUUGAAUAGACAUGCAAAAUGAUUUGUUCUGUUAGUUUCAAUAAAUUAGCUUGAAAUCUAUUGGUUUUAGGUGUGAUGAGAACAAAAACCAGCUCAUACGUUGUUUUUUUGUCUUGUAACUUUGUUGUAUCCACAGGUUUUUGAUGACCUAGGAAAAGAUGUGACUCCCCGUCCACUCUACCAACCUGAGCCAAGUGUUGCUGGACCCACCCCCGGGCCCAUGCACAGACCAAGCAAAAUCUUAUCAACCCAAGAUUUUGUUGGGGCAGUGCCAACAGAAUUCUUGUCAUCCCUCUCUCUGCAACAAGCGUCUGGGACAAGUAUUAGCUUAGCAGGCCCAUUCUCCAGGUAUGACACAGCAUCCGAAACCUGUUUGGGCUCCAACAGCAAUACAUAAUAUUCAGAAGUGGGUAGAAAAGGGAUUUGGUGUUCUCUUACUGCCUUUUUUGUUGUUGCAAAUCUAGUUGUAUUGGCUGGGUAAAAGGGCAAAGGUCUUUAUAGGCCUGUCUAAUACAGCUGUGGGCUGUUUCUCCGAUUCCAGUUGUAUGAGCAGAAGUUGUGGAUGUUAACAGGCUGCAAAUUCUGAAGCCAACUUCGGCAGCUUUGCAAUAAUGUGGGGUGGAUUGUUCUUGCCACAGGGGCUUUGCGCCAUGAACUUUUGCAUAAAGGGUGUCUCCUUUAAAAGGAUGAUUAGUCAGAUUUAGAUAUGAUUAUGAAAACUGCAGUUCAAGCAGGAUCCAUCCAUUUUUCUGUUUCAUUAUCAUGCAGUUCAAGGAUGAUUGAUUGAGUGUAUCACCCUCCUUCUCCUAACAUAUCAAGCUUCUCUUGUGGCAGGCCUAUUCAUUCAGCAGUUCCAGAAUUAACUUCUUCUUAACCAGGAAUCACAGGCAUGUCAAGUAAACUGGCAGAUAUUCGUGGAGUCACAAGGAUGAGACAGUGCUCAUUCCUAAUCAGUGUCCAAUCAGUUCCACGGCUGUGACAUUUUCCUUCGGUACAGGCAUGCCUCAUUUUAUUGCUCCUUACAAGGACAUGGGUGCAGCUGCAGGCAGCCCAGACCCUUCAUGGGGAAGGAAACUCCACUGCUGCCCCUGCCCUUUUUCUGGCACUGGGAAUGGAGCUGGCUAGGGCUGGAGCCGGGUUUUCCCCCUGUAGCUGAGGGACCUGGCUUAAUAGGCUACUGGAUAGUGUAAACGUAACUUUUAUAUGGACUGCACAACAAAACAAAAAAAGUGUGACUCGCUUUAUUGCGGUGGUCUGGAAUCGAACCCACAAUAUCUCUGAGGUAUGCCUGUAUUCAUAGAGCAUCCUGAUUCACAUACUCAAAGACCAUCCUGAGUUAUUUCCCUCCUGCGCUGGAGACACUGGCUCCAUUCAUUCAUUCUUACACACACACACACACACACACACACACACACACACACCAGUUCCAAGUCUGUCAUUAGCCCAGAGAGGGAAGUUCCUAUUGUCCCUAACAGAUGCCUCCUUACUGGGACAAAUAGCUGAGGCUGGGAUAGGGUAUCAGUGGAUAUUUAUUUUUUAAGUUGUGCAUGUACUUAAAUUCAGAGGUAGUACCAUAUGCCUUUUCUAUGUCUGAUGGAGCUCAAACACUUCUGCAGCCUAGUGGUUCUUCAUCCGAAAUAAAUACUCUGUGGCAAUUAAACUGCUGUGGGAUUUUAUUGGUUGGCACCUCAUAUUCCUGUUAUAAGUGCUUUGGCAUUCUUUGUUAUUUUACUUCCACUACUAACUUCCUCUUUCCCCCCACAAACUACAGAACAUAUGGUAGUAGCAGUAUUACAAAGUCUACUACUUCUACUGAAUCAUUGGCAGAAGAAAUUAUAGAACCUGGAACCAGACAUGAAGCGCUUGCUAGUUUUAUAGGUAGAGUAAACUUAUACAAAUGCAAUACACUGGAAUUUUCUCAUGUGGUAUCACAUUUAGGAUGUCACGUGACAUUCCAAAAUGCUCAAAGUCAGUAAAUAUUCAGGGCCAACCACAUGUUACGGGGAUGCAUGGCUGCUACUGACCCACAUCUCUUCUGCUUUUGUCCCUAGUAACAUCUGGUAAAAGAAUGGUAUAUUGCCAUUGCUUUUACUAUUCUCUGUCCCUGCUCCAUUUCAUGGCUACUGCUUGCAGAGGGCAGGGGAAUGGAUGUGGUGAUGUCACAUUUCACUGAACAAAAUUUACUGAAAGCAUGGGAAAACGUGAGUUGGCAACACCUGUGCAUCCUUUGCACCAUAUAGGUAGACUCUACUGGGCCAACACGCUGUCUCUUAUAGUAGUGUAUCUUAUAGUAAAGACAACCCUUGUAAUGUUUACAUAUGAUUUCUUAAUUAUUUAGCACAAAACAUUACAAACCCGUCAACUGCCCCAGAAAAAAAACAGGACAUCCUGUUUUUUCUUGUGAGAGGACACUGGCCCCAAUGGCCAGUGAUUACGGGCUGCACUUUUGGGGGGCAUGGCACCCCAAAACACACAUUUUGGGGCACAGCAUAAGAUCGCUGUCCUGAAAAAAACUGUUUUUUUGAGGGGGUGAUCUCACACGACUCCCAGGAGAGUACGGUCAUGAAAAGAUGGCAUCCUGGUUUGGGGCCGCUUUGUAUCGGAAGGUUUGACAUUAUUUAAUUAAUUCACAUGGUUUUCUAAUUUGGCAGAUGUUCAGGUCAGGCGAGAAGCAGUGCCAGAGCCACUGACAAAGCGAGACCUGGAAAAGCGUGUGGAUAUUUUCCUUACGGAGACAGAAACAAUUUGGUUAUUUGACAUGCCAACUGUCAUGCUGUCGACAGAGUCUGAAGAAGUCGACUCUGUGAGGUAGGCACAAUUUCUAUGUAAUGGGGCCCAUCUAUUGGGCCAUCUAGUAUUAGCUUUGCAAUGAAAGUUACAGCGCAAUCCUAACCAUGCCUAAAGGUAAAGGGACCCCUGACCAUUAGGUCCAGUCGUGGCCGACUCUGGGGUUGCAGCGCUCAUCUCGCUUUAUUGGCCGAGGGAGCCGGCGUACAGCUUCCGGGUCACGUGGCCAGCAUGACGAAGCCGCUUCUGGCGAACCAGAGCAGCACACGGAAAUGCCGUUUACCUUCCCGCUGGAGCAGUACCUAUUUAUCUACUUGCACUUUGACAUGCUUUCGAACUGCUAGUUGGCAGGAGCAGGAACCAAGCAAUGGGAGCUCACCCCGUCGCAGGGAUUCGAACCACCGACCUUCUGAUCGGCAAGUCCUAGGCUCUGUGGUUUAACCCACAGCGCCGGUUUGGGGAAGCUCAGUCCCAGGGCCUAAUGUGGCCCUUUAAGCUUUCCUGCCUGGCUCCCCGGACUCUUCCUAGUCACACACCCCACACCCCCACUGAACCUGCUUUGCCCUCUCCUUGAGUGUUUUUGCCUGGCUGGAAUAUGCCCUUGAACUCCGUUAAGGCAUCAUGCUUUCCUUAAUGAAACGGUAGAGCAGGGCUUGUGAGUGGGGGUUGAAAUGUGCCAAGUGUACAAAGGUGAAAUUUACGUUAAUUGCUCUGUCUGCGUUUGCAUCUGGCCCUGCCUACAACUAUCAUAUGGCCCCUGAAAGGUUGCUCAGAAGGGAAUGUGGCCCCCAGAAUGAAAACAGUUGUACCCCACCCCACCCCUGCCUUGCUGAAUUGAAUGGAGAUUACUCCCAGGUAUGUGGGAUUAGAAUUUCAGCCUUAAAAUGACAUCUCUCAUGGUAUUAUCCUCAAAGUAUUCUCUUUACCAUGGGAUUUGGGCCCUACUUCUCUGUAAAUUAAAAUAAUGCAGCAUUGAUUUUACAAAAAAUCCAAGCACUAGAACUUCUGAGACUAGAGAGGUUCUACCCCUUUCGUUUGGCAGCAAUCCUAAACACAGUCCGCCCAACUAUGAACAAAUUCGUAUUUACAAAUCUGUUCAUCACAUUUACUUGGAAGUAAGCUAUAACUAUUAAAACCCUUGGUCAUAUUAACCUGCAGGAAAACAGCAGAAGAUCAAGGUUAGAGCUUGGAUUACAUUGUUAACACAACUUUAAUUUUCUGUGUCGGGAGGAGGCAAUUCACAUAACCUUUCUAAAGGCUACAUAACUGCAUUGCAGCAUUUCAACAAUCUGGUCAACAAUCUUAUCUUCCUCUGAAGAAUCUUGUAAUCUAUUGUAAUGCCAUUUAAGCACACUGUUCUACAACUACUGGUAAAAACCACACCAGUGCAUGCUUAUUUCUAAGAAAAUUUAUGUCCCUGAAGGGAAAACAAAACAAGGAGGAGUUGGAGUACACAGGUGUUGCUGCUGUUGUUGUUAAUAUACAUAUGUAUGUCUUUUGUUUUUCAAAGAAAAAAGAAUGUAGCUUAUAUGGAACUCUGUAAAAACAGAGCUGGCAAUGACCGAUAUGUCAACAGAAUGAUGCAAACUAUAGGCGGUGCACCAAAGACUAAGGAAAUGCAAUGUGACAAAAUUAUCAUGGAUGACAAAGGUAAAUUACAGUUUGGAAAUGUUUUUGGAGCUCACUGAAAGAGGCAUGGAGAAAGACCUGUAGACAAAACCAAAGCUUCUUUUUAUGUGGGAGCAAAGUCCAAGCAUUAUCUUUUCCAUACUCUCAUGUAGGUAAAUAAGAAUGUAUGUGGCUCUUGGCCCAAACUUUUUUUCAUGUAAGCAUCCAUUCAGCAGGAAACAUUCACAUGGAACACCAAGAUUUUGCUGCAGAACCCAAAGGAAAAAUUAAGAAAACACUGUAUUUCUAAAAAUAAUUCCAUCUAUCUACUUGCAACAUCUUCUCAUAAAAUAUCUGGAUAUCACUGUGGGCAUAGGAUUGCCACAUUCCACCAGGGAUAGAGCUUCUGCUUCUUUAAGAUAUCUAAAGAGGACCGUCAACAGGCGGUACUUUUCCUGUCAGUCUAAAAUGGUGGUUGGGCAACCUAUAUACAGUAUUGCUGUCCCCAUAGCAUUUAAAGAAAACAGGGGUCCUUUACCAGAUGAAAUAGGCUUGGUGUUUUCAUGUGGAUUUCCCCCUCAUUGCCCUGUAAAAAGUGAGUGAACAUAAAAAUGGCAGAUGAUAGGGAGAUGUACCUGUCCAGGCCUCAAAACUGAUAUAGCUUUCACUGGGAAAAUGAUGAUCUGGCAGCACUAGUAACUCAUACUCUAGAAGCACUUUAAGUGUGGUAGGGUAUAUGCAGGUGUAGAUCCCUCUAGGGGACUAUAUUGCAUUAAAAUUUGAGAAGACCCUUUAGAAAGUUGGCAAACGUCUCAGAUCACAUUGUUUCAAAUCUCCCAGAAAAAUAUGCAGCUGCAAACGCGAGACAUUAUGCACACGUAGAAAGGAUUGCGCACCUUCCAACGACACUCACCCCAGCUGAUUACAACGAGCUCGUUCAAUGAAUCUUGCCAUUUGCUACUCCAAAGUAUAACUACCCAUUUAGUUGCAAUCGUUUGUAACAUAAAGCCAUGCACAUGCAGAACAAGGAGCUAUCUAACAAUGUCCUUUGUCUAUAGAGAUAAUGGCCACUACCUGGGAUUUGUAUGAUUCCUUUAAUGCAUUGGAAGCAGCUAUCGCAGAAAAAAGUACCAGACCAGUAAGUGUGACCAGCAGUAAGUCAACUCUAUACAGGGAACGCGACAGAGCCAUGUCUGUAGCUUCUGUAGGGAGAGGUAAAUUCAUUAUUUCUGCAUCUUUGCUAGCCAUGAAAAGUUUCAAAUAUUACGUAUAUGCCAUGAUAAAAAAAAAAGAAACAAAUGAUCAUAUACAUGCAAUUACACAGGAGGGUGCCUGUCUCCCUUGCAGCUAGGUUAGGACCCUAGAGAUUAUUGAUGCUGAUUUGGGGAUGGCAAAGUAUAGUAGGAAGAGGACAAUUCUGUUUUAACCUCAGUAACUUAAUAUGGAAUCAAGUAACUUGCGGUUAAUAUUUCAGCCUUUUUGAGUGUUUAAAAGGUAAAGGUAAAGGGACCCCUGACCAUUAGGUCCAGUCGUGGCCGACUCUGGGGUUGCGGCGCACAUCUCGCUUUAUUGGCCGAGGGAGCCGGUGUACAGCUUCCAGGUCAUGUGGCCAGCAUGACUAAGCUGCUUCUGGUGAACCAGGGCAACGCACGGAAACACCGUUUACCUUCCCGCCGGAGCGGUACCUAUUUAUCUACUUGCACUUUUACGUGCUUUCGAACUGCUAGGUGGGCAGGAGCAGGGACCGAGCAACGGGCGCUUACUCCGUCACGGUGAUUCGAACUGCUGACCUUCUGAUCGGCAAGUCCUAGGCUCUGUGGUUUAACCCACAGCGCCACCGAGAAACAAAACACAUUGUACCUGAAACAAAAAAGGAAAUAGGAAUGGCAUUUUUAGACCCAGGAAAAGCAUUUGACAUUUGGGAAUGCAAUUAUCUGUAUCAAGUUUUAGAGGAGUUCAGUGUUAGUAAUUGGUUUAUGAACUAGCUAAAAUUCCUGCUGCUUAAAGUGAAUCUCACAAAAUCUGAUUUAUUUGGGGGCAUACAACAAAUAGGUCUGUUAGCGCUGUUGCUGUUUGUUAUGCUGAUUAAACUCUUGGUAAAGUGCAACAAGAGAUGUUGAAAAUACAUAUUGGGCUAAAGUAGGAUAAGUAAUGUUUAAAAUUAAUUUAUAUGCAGAUGAUGACUUCUAUUUAAAAUAAAGUUCUAUUUAUAAAUGAGAUCUUUUAUGAGUCUAAUUGAAUUGCUUUAAUAUUUGGUCAUUUAUCCAACUAUAAAGUAAACCUAGUCAAAUUGGAAUGGAUGUGAUUUAAUAUGGAAAAGGAAAUUAAAACAAGAUAGCAUAAACAAGCUGGGUUAAUUCUAUGGAGAGAAAUACCAACAAGAGAUCCAUGUAUUUGGAGUACUUCUCAGUUGGAAGAACUAGGACAAUUUAGGCUGCAAUCUAUCUCUGAGUAGAUGUGGGUGGGAUUCCAUAGGCAAUCAUGCAUUGUUAAAUAUUCUUCAGUAAUGACACUAUGGGGAAAGUAUUUUUAAGUUUAACAUUGUGAGAUCAUUUAUAUCCCCAAAAUCUUGAAAGUACAGUAUCCCAUUUCCUGUUAACUCUUAUUUGAAUCUAAGUAACCCCAAUGACCUUUUGGUGGAAUACACGCACACACACACACACACACACACACACACACACGGAUUGGGGUUGAGCAUACCACUCUUCAUCAAAUAUUACAGAUUAGUUCACAAAAUUCAAAGCAAAAUACAAUCGCAUAGUAGUCAAUAUAAAACAGUAGUAAAAAAGCAGCUGAAUACUGCUUUUAAUACUGUUUGCUGUCAGUUUUUAACUCUAGAUAACAGGAGACCUAAAAGCAGUCUGGGUAAUACUGAAAGCAAAUUAUGAAGUUUCUUUUCCCAUAAUUCCUUCUGGGGGGAAAUUAGAUUAUGCUAUUAAAUGACAUGUCUCUUUCUUUCCUCAGAAAGCACUACAAGUUCUAUCAUUGACUUGGAAAGUGUAAUUCUUUCCCGGAUUCACGAAGAGAUAGAAGACCACUCAGAAGCUAUACUGAAAUCUGAAAAAUUUAAUCAAGAUUUGUUUUAUAUGGAGAGGGUCCUAAUGGAGAAUAUUUUCCAGCCCAAACUAGCAGCUUAUCGGCAGCUUCCUGUCCUCCUAGGUAUAUUUUUCUUCAAACAUUUUAAUCUUGGUCUGAGAAACUUCCUUGCAAAAGUAACUGCAAGUAUUUAGUUUAAAUGAGACUGUUACGACUUUCUCUAACUCUGCUAAUGAAUGGUUUUUUAUCUUGGAACCACCCUUAUUACCAACAGACUUUAUUGAAAUGGAAAUGGAUUUUCCAUUGCUCCUGAAAACAAAUUGUGUGAUUUGUAUAAAAACAAGCUUUUAAAACACUAUUUAGAAGGCCCGGCCAACCCAUGAGGCGAGGUGAAGCAGCUGCCUUGGGCAGCAGAAACGCCUGAGGCAGCGUCCCUGUGGGCAUCCCACAUGCCCCACUCACUCUGCACCAUUGCCACCCUGUGAGGGAGACUAUGCUAGGCAGGUAGUUCAGACACCAAGGUUGAGAAACUGCACAUAUUUAGAGUAUUAUUAUUUUUUUGCUUGUUUAUCAGGGCUGGCAGCUUUUGGGGGGGGGGCUAGUAUUUAGCUGCAAAAUUCAGAACUGAAAUGUUGCAGUUAAAGCGAGGGGGAGGCUGCUUUUCUGGAUUUUGGCAUGUUUAUGUUCCUUUACAGGUUCUGUGAAUGACAUUAUACAUUUGUAUCUUGCUUUUCUGCCCCAGGAGCUCAAAGUUGUGCACCUCAUUCUCCCCUCCCUGCUUUAAUCUUUGCAACAGCCCUGUGAGGUAGGCUAGGCUAAGUUAAUAUAGUUAUUUCCAACAGAUUGUGGUGGCAGGGGUGGGGGGAAAUACAGCGCCCCCAAUCCACAAGCGGUGAGCAGGGACAAAGAAAUCUUGCUGGCCUCUGUGCUUCCUCCUCAUAAUUUUCUUUCUAAGGAGCUCCCAUUCUAUCAGGUUGUCCCUUCUCCGCCUGAGACUGCUGCUAGGAAACUUGAGCUUGUCUGGUUUAGCAAGACUUGCUUCUCCUUUCUUUGAAACCACAGGAGGUGGUGACUUGGAGGAGCUUGGAAGGCACACAGUGCCCCCUCUGGGCACAACUGAACCCUGCCACUUAGUCAUUUAACGUUCUUCCUUCCUUGAUUCUGCAGUGAGGGAGGGAAACAGCACUGACCUGGAUCUUAAAACAAGUGAGCACAAGUGAAGCCUCCUGGAAGCCACCUUGCCUCCCCAAAAGACCCUCGAUAGAGAAUCAGGUUACAGACACCGUUAACCCAGAUAUAUUGCUUCAGGUUAAGAACUUUGCUUCAGGAUGAGAACAGAAAUUGUGCUCUGGCGGCGCGGCAGCAGCAGGAGGCCCCAUUAGCUAAAGUGGUGCUUCAGGUUAAGAACAGUUUCAGGUUAAGUAUGGACCUCGGGAACGAAUUAAGUACUUAACCCGAGGUACCACUGUAUCCUUUAGCAACUAGGCUACUGCAGUUAUGCACUCUACCCUCCCGUGGAUACGCUCCAUCGUUGGUUGGGACAAGAAACCAUAAGAUCAGGACAGUCACAGCAAUACUCAAAAUCUUUGAUUCCAAAUCUGUGUUUGUCCUUAAAGAUAGCUAAAGGUAAAGGGACCCCUGACCAUUAGGUCCAGUUACAGACGACUCUGGGGCUGCGGCGCUCAUCUCACUCUAUAGGCCGAGGGAGCCGGCGUUUGUCUGCAGACAGCUUCCGGGUCAUGUGGCCAGCAUGGCUAAGCUGCUUCUGGCGAACCAGAACAGCACACGGAAACGCCGUUUACCUUCCCGCCAGAGCAGUACCUAUUUAUGUACAUGCACUUUGAUGUGCUUUCAAACUGCUAGGUGGGCAGGAGCUGGGACCGAGCAACGGGAGCUUACCCCGUUGCAGGGAUUCGAACCAUCGACCUUCUGAUCGGUAAGCCCUAGGCUCUGUGGUUUAUACCACAGCGCCACCAGCGUCCCUUGUCCUUAAAGAUAGCCGGUGAUAACCGUAAUUGUGUGGUUCUGAAAGUCAACCCUGUUCAAAGAACAGAAAUCUUCAUAUCGAUUUACACAUAUAUUUGUGUAGAUUUCAACCACACUAUUUUUUAAUUUUUUUAAAAACCCAAUAUAUAGUAAGUCAUGGAUCAUUUUGGGCUGGAAUCCUAAAACCAAUCACGAAGUGCUAAAUUCCAUUGGGGCAAAAUUUUGCGCCACGUGUAUUUAAGUAGCAACAAAAUGAUAAUCUGGCAGUCUAUAGGGUGCAGGAAAUUACGCAGAAGCACCUACCAUCUGAUCACAACCAUGUCUUGUGGAAAUUCAGUCUCCUCUGGUUACAGUCACAGAUCAGUCAGUCAGAGUGUGGUGCUAAACGGCACUCAAAGAGCCAGCAAGCUUUUUUCCCCAUCAUUACCAGCAUACUAAGGAAAGUUCUGUCCUAAGCAUUCUAGCUUUAUGAGGGGAGGCAAAUUUGGCUUUGAUCAUGCUAAGGGAGGAGAGAGAUAAGCCUUCAUUCCCUCCACACCACUGAUGGGGGCAAGCUUGGAGGCUUCUGCUCCUCCCACACACCUGUGGGCUCAUCACCAGUGAAAUCAUAAGAGGGGCACCAGGAUUUUCAUACAUCCCUGCUGGCACAGACAAAACUCUUCCUCCUACCUACAUUACUUAGCAAACAUGGAGGACAACAAAACAGGUAGUGGCGUUCAUAUCAGAAGGAACAGAGAACGUGCCAUAUGUGGAGCAGGCAUUGUGGCAGAUACAGAGCUGCUGGUUUAACCUGAUUAUUGGCCUGUUCUAGUAUAGCUAUUUAUAUUUGGGGAUGGAAGGACAGCAACGUUUUCUGUGUUUACAUGUGUUCCUAGAGCCGACUGUCAAAUCUGAACAUAGCCUUUCUAUAUUUGAAGAGGAAUCCAUAAAGGAGGAGGAGGAGGAGGAGGAGGAAGAGGAGGAUGCGCUCUCAGUUAGGUCAUCACUUCUGUUAGACUUUAGUUCAGGACGAGAGGAAAUCCUACCACCUUAUAUAGAAGGCUUGUGGACCUAUGCAUGUGAUUUGAUGAGAGGAAACAAUGUGAGCUGCCUAGCUUGGAACAAAGUGAAUCCUGUAAGUGACCUCUAAACACUUGGGGAAAAUGCAAAAAAUUGUUCUUUGCACUGUCAAAAUUAAGUAUCACUUUAGGAGUAGAAUUUCUAAGCUUGUCAAAGCUGCAUUUGCAAAGAGACUCUAUUAUUAUUAUUAUUAUUAUUAUUAUUAUUAUUAUUAUUAUUAAUAUUACUGAAAUUAAUAUACCACAGAAAAAAAGGCUGGCUUGUGUUUAGCCUGUCCCUCAAGAUCAUCUCCUGCGUUUCUCUGUCAUGCAUUUAUUGGGAAUGCUUGCCCACAUUUGGAGAGUGACCAGUCUUUUGUUUGUUUGAAAGAUGGGCUUUUCAUUUUUCUCACAAAAGGUAGCCUACUUGCAAACAUGCUGUUGGCCAGACCUUCCUGAUCACAGCAGUUUAAACUGUUCUGUGGUAGCUUCAUGACAUCACAGUAGCUUAACUAAUCACUGCCAGUUUUCAGCAGCAUCAAAUCCUUUAGCACUUAACAAUAUACGUACACUUGGACAGCAAUAAUGAUAGCGGCAAUAGAUAGGUGAAUGGAAGAAGGAGCCAGCUGUUAAAGGUUGCAGCAGGGGGCAGAAACACUCCUAUGAGCUGUGAACAGUCUUGCUACUGACGCUGCUCUGGAUCCAUAAUGAGCAGCUUUUCACUCCAAAUUAAAUAGAGCCUCAAAGGCCAUACACAUAGCCAUCUCAAUGGUUGCUGUGGCUUGGUAGUGUAAUCAUGUGUUGUUGGUUUUUAGGAUCUACUGGCUGUUGGUUAUGGACAGUUUCGUUUUAAAGAGCAGAAGAAAGGCUUGGCUUGCUGCUGGUCACUGAAGAACCCAACGGUAACACAAUACUUGGGCUAUUCCUCUUGAUUUUGGUCAAUUUGAUAUUAUUUACUGAUAAGAUACAACGGCGAUGUAGCAACAAAGUUCUUUUUUACUCUUCCUUAGGCCCAUGAGGCCUUCAGAUUUGCUUCCCCGUUAAGACCACAAAUAGCUCAUUUAUACCCUAUCCUUAUCUUAAGAUAUAAAGCAAUCUUAUAAUCUAACCACCCAGUCCUAAGCUUACUUGUAUGUAAGAUCCCCUGAGUUGACUUCCUCCCACAUACAGUAUGCAUAAGCAUCACUAAGCCAUAUUAUAAAUGCUAUAGUAAAGAAAACAUGCCAACCUUGAACCAUAUAUUACAAAAAAGUAAUCAGAAAUGUAAAAUCUCCAUUUGUACCUGCUGAUUACAACAGAUGGAUAAAGUUCCAUUUUGUUUUAUUUUAAUUUAUGUUAUUUGACAGGAAUUAUAUAUCAUUUAAUCAUCAAAACCUAUAAGCAGUUUACUUAAAAUGCAUUUUUGUGGCAUUCUUCCCUUCCUUUUCUGUAACGAAUAAUGUAAGGUAGCUUUAGUGUUCAAUAACUGAAUUUCAGAAUUUUAAAGUAUCUUCUUUCUUAUCAGUUGCUAGCAAUUAUGGGAUUAAUUCAGUGUCCCACUCUUCUUAUUGUUCUGUCAGCAGAAGCAUUUCCACUUGCCAGAUGAACUGACAACCUUCCUCUGCAAACUGUUCUGAGGGUACUCCCAACUCUCCAGAGUGGAUUAGGGGGAGACAGCAGGGCUCAUGGGGUCAGGAGAGGGCAGAAAGCCCCAUUGUGCUGGCUCUAGUGCACUGGGUUAGUUGAAUCCAGUCCAAUAUUUUUUCUUUUUUAAACAAAAUUCUAAUCUACAUGCGAAGAAGAUACACUCAGCAACAUUGAAGGUGUUUCAGAAAUGCACCUUAAAAGGAAGCAAAAUUGAAUCACAGCUAAUCAGACCCUCCCUCCUGAAUUUUAAAUAAUUUCUGGGGUCCCUGAUUGUUUAUAAAGUGUGAAUGCUCUCUUAGUUAAUACAGAUUUGAUUUUCCAGUGGCCAGAGCGUGUCUAUCAAUCUCAUCAUGGAGUAACUGCAUUGGAUUUCUCUCUAGCCAAUCCAAACCUCUUAGCAGUUGGAUUGUACAAUGGGACAAUUGCAGUCUACAAUGUCCAGACCCAUCAUACAACUUCAGUUUUAGAUACCAGGUAAGUCUUGUGGAGGCACCUCCACACAUUGUUCAUUACAUUGCAAAGUAUAUUGUUUGUCUGGAUCUAAACACACACACAUCUCCAAAUCCCACCUCUGUUUGGCUUUGACUAUUCUGAAAAACUGGAGGAUUAAUUGGUUGUACUGUAUUACACUCUCCCCACCUCUAUGACAAGUUUCAGGCAUAUUUUCAUUACCUGCAUGUGUUGCUUCCUAUAUGUACUUGCAUUCCCACCUCCAACUCCUGCAAUCAGACAUACUUGGAAGUCCAGAGAGGCCCAGUUCACUUCCAACUUUUGAGGCGCCUAGCCAGAAUAUUAAUCUCUUGUUUCAGCGAAUCUUGUUGGUAUUAAUCUCUUGUUUCAGCGAAUCUUACGAUAAACAUUUGGGCCCUGUGUGGCAGCUGAGGUGGGUUGAGCAGGACAGGGGAAUAACAGGAGAAGACAAAGGGGAGAUACUAGUCUCCAUAUCAGCAGACGGCAGAGUGACUAAGUGGUUUGUUCGGAAAGGAUUAAGCUGCAAUGGUAAGCGUUGUCACCUUACUCCAAACAUUCUGGAAUUACUUAAAUGGGGUGUGUGUGUGUGGGUUCCCCUAACCUUUCUUAUGUUCUUGUCUUUUUAAUAUUAUUGCCAGAUACUUUGGCUGCUACAUGUUGAAAGGUGGGAUAAAAUAAUAACAAUUCAGUAAGUAAUUAAGUUAGGGAAUAAUAAAGACACUCCAGGUUAUACAGCACAGAGAAUUACACAUAAGGGCUGUGAUGCCAUUGAGUGCACAAAGAACUAGGGCUAUUUGCACACAGCCCUCUUUAAAAAAAGUUGAAAUCCCAUUGGCCAGCUGCUUGGUGGGGAAAGAGGUUAAUAAUUCCAGUUUACUGCCUCCCCUUCCAAACAACUGAUUGGCAAGAUUUGGGCCUCUUUUAAAAAGGCCUAUAUGUACAGUUCCAGUUGCUGGAUUUGGAAAGGUAAGCAGGAAGCAUCUGUUUGCGGAUUCACCUUCUGAUUAGUGAUACAUGUACAGAAAUCUGUUUCCAUGUUCACACAGGCCGUGCUGUGGAUGCGAGGGGUUCACUGGUUUACUAUAGGGGUUUACUAUAGGUAAUCAGAGAUGAAAUAAAUAAAGCCGUUUCUUAUACUAGCUCCAAUAAUCGACAAGGAGAGUUUGUAAUGGCCAUGUGUUGUGUAGAAGAGAAACAGUCCCUAUAGCCCUCAUAGUGAAACAGGAGGUCUCACCAUCUAUAUGCAUUUGUUUCUCAACUCAGAUCUGAUGAAACUCAAGCGAACAGCAAGUGACAAGAAAAAGGGAGGGGCAGAAAAGAAAAGUGAAGCACUCAUAUCUCGACAAGCUCCAGGAUUAUCCUUUGAUUUCCAUCCAAAGGUAUCCUAAUCUUUUAUGAUGUUUUCUGAAUGUUUUGUCCACAGAGGUCAAAGUGAUAAUUUAGCUGAAGACAAUGGAUAGCAAGCAAUGGAGGUCCGCUUGUUCCUCCUACUCAUUGGUUGUUUCUGAACAAGUUUUAUAGUUUAGCAUGUUAGAUUGACAUAAAGAGCAGAGAAUCUCUAUUUUGGACAUCUUUCCAAAGACUGAAGAGAUUUUAUAACCCAUCCAACGCUAAAAAAUGUAGUAGUAGCCUCUCCUAGUAUUUCCAGGGAACUAGAUGGAGGGCUCCCAUCAAACUAAAUGAGGAUUGUAGCUCUGAGCUGGUAGAAUCAGCCACACUUUUGACAAGGCUGGGUGCAGCGCCACUCUCUAUCAAAACCCAAUUCUGCUUAAUCUACCUUCAAAGGAAAAGGAGAGGAGAUACAAGCAUACUCCAGGGGCAGGGAGCGUUAACAUGGUCAAGAAAUGGCUAAACUGGAGGUGGCAUCACAAUGUCAUAUUUCCCCUCUGCAUGCACUGUCUUCCGAACAUGUGACACAUGCAACUCUUUCAUGCAUUAUUAUGUUUUGUUGGAUAUUGUUUGUUGGAUGUCUGCUCUAUUCCUGGACACGUGGUUAGUUGGGACUUCUGGCUCAAGCCUUUGAGAAUUCCAUUACAUUGGACUCUACUUUACCAGGAAAGAAGAGAAGCAAGCCUGACAAUUUGCUGCAGUGAAGAUUCUAAAGAAUAUGCCCAAUCUGGAUAAAGUCAAAGCCAUUUACAGUAAUUUGGUUUUAUUUCAGGACACUAAUAUAUACUUGGUUGGAACUGAGGAAGGUUUUAUUCACAAAUGCUCUUGUUCUUACAAUGAGCAGUACUUGGAGACCUACAGGGGACACAAAGUGAGUAAACAUAAAUAAAAUUGGGUUGAAUAAGUAGAUGCACAGAUACUCACACACUGUCUUUAGUACCCUUUACACCAGUGAUGGGGAACCUGUGGCCCUCCACAUGUGGCUGGACUACAACCCCUAUAAUUCCUGACCAAUGGCCAUACUGGCUGGGGCUGAUGGGAGUUGUACUCCAGCUAUUCAUACCUGGAGGGCCACACAGGCUCCUAGCCCUACUUCACAUAUUCUUCUGACAGGAUUCUUCAGGUACCAAUCAAAUUUUCUGUGUUGGGGAAAUCAAUGACUAAUGAACCACAUACUUUAAUAAUACUUUCUUGAAUACUGCAUAGUUUAGAAGGUUUCUCAACCAGACUAGGCCAGAUGACUUUGGACCAACCAUUUAAAAUCAGUUAUCUUCUAGGUCAUUAUACAAACUGGAAUGCCAGGUUGUUGACUAUAAACUGAGCAGGUCCUGCCCUGAUGCAAGAUAAGGCAGCCACCUCAAGCAGCUGCUUGUGGGUGACAAGUGAUAAUGCACUUAGAAGUUCUCUGCCCCGCUGAAAUGAACAGGAGGAACCUUGGCUUCAAGUGGCAGCCAAGACUCACAGAUACAGAGGUGUCUUUCAAAGCCAUGCUACCCAUACCACUGGUAGGGGACUGAGGCCUGGUCCCUAACAUCACAUCUGACAUUGGUAGCCUGGAACCAUCAAGCACCUCCUGAGCCUAGUGCCUCUGAAAUAUUGAGCCCCACAAUACCAGAUGCCCCUUAUUGCCAUCAGUGGUCAGGAAGUCAAACAGAGGCAACUGCUUGGCUCCAGGCUUAUAGGCUACCCCUUUAAGGCUUUUCUCCUCUCAAGAAAGGGUUGGAAUCUGGGAGAAGGUCAGGGCUGAAAAGGAGAUAAAGGGCCUUGGAUGGAACUGAAAGUCCCUUGGAGAAAGCUGCUAUUCAAGUGAUCUGUCCAAGGUGCUGCAAGCCUGCUGUAUCUGACCCUCCUUAUCCUCUCCCAGACCUGCUUCCACACGUCCUGCCUCACACUCUUGUGUAGGUGAAGUUAACAGCUGCUCUAGAUUCCCAGGAUUCUGACCACCAUACCAGAUUGUCUCCCCUGCAACCAUUUUUUCUCUCAAGCAGCCCAGUCUGUUGCAUUCCUUACCAUAUUUGGGUUCUGUCUUCCUAAAGACAAGAGGAAGAGCAUAGUACAACUCCCAUUGUUAGGACGGCAAUCCGAUGGCAUUGUGUCCCUCAUUAAUAGCAGGAUGGGUUGCCCUUUGAACUAGUGUGUCUCGGAACACCUCUGCAAACUUCCUUGACAGAUAUGAACUCAAAAUGCUAUCAUAUAAAUUUAAACAUGCAGAGAAACCAAAGGAGGAAGCUUACAUACAUGUGAGGCACCAAGCAGAGCCAGGGCUCCCUUCAGUUUUCAAGAACCCUCUAGCAGGGCCUAACUGCCAUUCUGCUUGUCUUUUUUAGCUAGCACAGCUACUGUGGUACAAACUGUAAAAGAGGCUUCAGCUAUGCAUGGGUCUCCCCUGAGUGUAUGAAUUCAGCAUCUCCUUUGGAUUCAGGCCAAUCUGCUUAACCUAGCUAAAGCUGUGCCAUCCAUCACAUACUGCUUAGAGAAGUUCAGUGUCUCCCAAAAUCUUGUUGGGCUUCAGCGCUGUGGUGCUGCAUGCUUCUGCGCUAAUAUUUGCAUAUGUAUGUGUGUGUAAAAUUUAGCAAUUACUCUUUCUCUCUCUAUUUCAAGGGCCCAGUGUACAAGAUAGCAUGGAAUCCAUUCAGUACAGAAGUGUUUCUAAGUUGUUCUGCAGACUGGAGUAUUAUAUUGUGGCGCGAGGAUUCAGUUCGUCCUGUUUUGACUUUCAGUUCCACUGCCAAUGUUAUUUAUGACAUAGUGUGGUCUCCCAAUUCAGCAUAUGUGUUUGCAGCAGCGAACGAAACCAGGGUGGAAAUCUGGGAUCUUAGUGUCAGCACGUAAGAAUCAGCCAUUUUCUUAAAAGCAAUUUAUACAUCUAUCUAUCUAAAAAGGUACUGUAUCCAGUUACUCUUGAACAAAGUAAACACAGCGUAUCAUACAUGGAAUGCAUUACAAAAUAUGAGAUCUUCUGCCAUUGUAUAUAUUUCCUAUUUGCUAAGCAGCUAUGUAUCAAUGGGAGAAACACUUGCACCCAAUUCCUUAAAACCCAAUUGGAAGGAGCUCUAUGGAUAUUGUUUUUCUCCCCAGAGCUCAACGUUUCUUUCCAGGGGCCUAAUCAGAGACUAUACUUAGUGGAAUGGAGCAAUGGUACAGGGCAGAACCAAUGCUGCAGGUUCAAACAGCUAUCUAAGGUUAUACAAUAUGUAGCUUCCUAACUUUAAUGGUGUUAUAUACAUCAGCAUUACUAGCAGGAAUAAUUAAGGUAGUGUGGUGGAGGAAAGUAACUUGUGAGGCAGACAAGCAAGCAAGCAAACAGCAAACAAUAGUAGUAGUUGUGGUAGUAACAUAUCUCACAAUGGGAUGUCCCACAGAGCUCUGCAGCCAUCAGUUUUAUACUGUAUGCCAUUGUUUUGCAUGUAGCCUGGAUCCCCUGAUUGUGCAUCCUGCCACUGGAACUGUGAAAUUCACGGCUGUGCUUUUUGCCAAAAACGCAGAUUGCCUUCUAAUUGGCGACAGUGAAGGAUCAGUCACCGUGUACGCACUAAGAAAUAUGAUCCCUUCAGACAGGAAGAAGGUACGUUCUGCAGCAUUAAAAGCUGAAGUAGCCUACCCCAACCGGGGGCCCUUCUAACACCUGAGCCCCACUGUUGAUUCACAUGUGUGUAGUGCGUUAAUCAGUGUCCCUAUGUUAAUCAGCUGGACUAUGCUCUGUUUAGGUAGGCUUGCCAUACGUCAGGAGAAUUCCUGACAUGUCCUGGUUUUGGGGUGUAAAAAUGGAGUUGGGGGGGGAAUUUGGGGUCACUCCCAAUUCUGAUGGGAACAACUUUGUGGGUGUCAGGAAUUUUACUUUUUGAAAUACAGCGACCCUAGUUUAGGUGCUGCGACUAUGCCACAGCGUUCUACUACAAAUGCCUCACUAUACAUAUUCAAGUUAUGAGUGCUGGGAAUGGAAUAGCAAUAGGAUGGGACCAUCCACGAAUGAGGUCAGAACAUAGCUUGCCAAACAGCGGUGUUUCUGCCUAAUAAGUCAAAGGCAUGUUAGCAAAGCAGCCUGCAGAAGGACUAGCCAUUCAUGAAAGGCGCUGCUGCUUAAACUUAUGUUCAGCUGCAUUCAUGUGCAGAAGACGGCGUAAGUGGCUUAUUUUAUUCCUCAGCGCACCAGUAACAUCUUUAUAAACCACACAAGCCCAGCUUUAUGAUGUAGAUGCAACUUUGGUAAUGGUGAAAAUUGUUUGCAAAUUAUGAGACCACGCGAGUAUAGGGAGUAUAUAAAUUCUAAUUCUAAUAAUAUAAGGUUUUAGUUAUAAUAAGGCUUUUUCCAUCCAGAACUUGUUAGAUUGACUACACUCAGAAAAGACCUAAUGCAAACUCUUCCUACUUUUUUACCACUUGCUUUCGAAUGAUCAGGUUUGUUAAUGUAUAUAUCUACCUCUUUUUUGUCUUUUUCAGGUGGAUGCUUUGCAUGAUAUGAUUGGCUCUGUUCUAACCAGUCCAGUGUAGAUUUUUUACAGCAAUAUUCCAUGAAAAAAGGACACAAUAUUUAAUUCCUAGCAGUUAAUUAUGCAACAACCAACCAUUAAGUGUGUGUGAGUUUAUAUAUGGGAAUAAAUUUGUUGGGAAUCAUU